AACCGGUUCAUGAAUUAUUUGACUGGAUAGGACCUUUUGACAUGUUUUUCUAGAAUCGGUUUACGCGCGCCCUAUGACUUUGAUUUCUUUUGUGCGUUCGUAUAGUUAUUGUUACUUGUAUUUGCAGUGAUAACCUGUUAAAAUGCCAUCGACGCUCGAGCUUUGCGAAAAGUUUUAUGGAACGAGAGAUGUUUAUAAGCUGUUCGAGGUGAACCGUGAUGCUCCAGACAGCGAAAUCAAGAAAGCUUACUAUAAACUAUCUCUUAAAGUUCAUCCUGAUCGGGUUGACGAAAAGGAUAAGGAAGAAGCAACAGAGAAGUUUAAAGUUCUGAGCAAAAUUCAUUCAGUUUUAUCGAAUAAGAGUAAUCGGGCUCUGUAUGAUGAGAAAGGGAUCAUUGAUGAUGAUGACGAUGAUUCUUUGGGUGCCAAUUGGUUAUCAAUGUGGCAACAGUUUUUCAAACCCAUUUCCAAAGAGGACAUUAGUAACUUUGAAAAGGAAUACACAGGUUCGGAGCUGGAAAGAGGCGACAUAAAGAAAGCGUAUAUAAAUGGUAAAGGUUGCAUCAAUUAUAUGAUGGACUGUGUUCCUUUUAUGAGCUGCGAGGAUGAACCCCGGAUUAUGGAAAUUGUUAAGAAGAUGGUCGAAGCCGGUGAAGUUCCUGAGUAUAAAAUUUUUUCCGAUGAACCAAAAGCCAAGCGCGACCGACGACAUAAAAAAUACGCUAAAGAGGCAAAGGAAGCCGCAAUAUUGAAGGAAAAGAUAAAGCAAAAAUCAUUAGAACAGCAAAUUGCAGUUCGUCAGUCAGAUAGAGAACGAGGGUUUACUACGCUGCUGGACAAACUGACGCAACGUUAUGGCAACAACGAAGAUGAAGAUGAUCCGUUCAAUGUAAACGAGUAUGUUGCGAAGAAAAAGUCUAAAGCUAAAGCCACGCCGCAAAGGAAGCAGGCUAAGGACAAAGUACACAAGGUGAAGGAGGGACGAGUUGCAAAAAAGAGUAUCUAAUUGUUUUGAAUAAUUUUGAUUUUUUUUUGGACGGAACAUGUCAUUUGAUUUAGGUAUUUUUUCCAGAUAGCACCAAAUCCGUUGAAGUAUUUAAAAUUAAUAAAAUAAAAAACGUAAUCCCAAA